CUCGAGCCCCUAUUCUCACUUCAGGGUCCUGAGGCACGAUCGAUAACAUCUCAAGGCCCCUUGCUAUUAUACGUGAAUAUCGUAGCAUAUAUGUGCACACCGUAUGGCAUGAUGAACAUGCAGCACUCCUUGAUUUUGGCGGUGAACGUUGCAUUGGGAAUCAGCCAUGCGAGUGCUUGGCCUGAUCCUUAUGGGAGUCGGGUUGACGCGUACACGGUUCGCAAUUUUUGGGGGAAAACAUGGCACCAGAUGAUGCGUCGCUACAUAUCAUUCAUCGGCCGAUUCUUCUCCAGCUUGUUCAGAUUCCAACGUGGUACCCCUUUAUCCUCCUACACGCAACUCUACAUCGGGUUCAUCGUCUCGGGUAUCAUGCAUACCGCCGGUGGUGAUGCCAUGGUGGGGUAUAAGUACCUAGGCGCAUCCUUGCCCUCUUUCCUUGUCCGGCCUUUGGCUAUAACGUUAGAAGAUCUAGUCAUAGCAUCAGCUUCUAAGGCCGGAUUCCAGUCGACGAGGCUUGCCAAGUUCCUAUGA